CCGAAGUUUGUUGCUGCCGAUAACUUCCACAACCGAAGCUAAACACACUGAAUCCCAACUGGGGGGUUUUAAAAGAGUAAAAUGUCGGCCUGUUGUGUGUCUGGCUGUAAAAAUCGACGCUCCUCAACCAGCAAACUCAAACUGUACAGAAUACCGUCCGGAUACCGGCCGUUUCAGGCCAACCGGAGACGGUUAUGGCUACAAGCGAUCCGAGAAGUGAACGGCAGCACCGGGGAGCUCAAAGCCAAUGCUCGUGUUUGUGGCGCUCAUUUUAUAUCAGGGGAAGCGUCCAUGGACCACGACAGUCCAGACUUUGUGCCUUCUGUGUUUACAUCCACUGAACACAGCGUGAGCGCCAAGAAAAAGGCCAAAUGGUUUUACGGUCGUAGAAAAAAGCGCCGUCGUACAGCCGAUGCUGAAACAAACAGAAGAACAUCUCCAGCUCAAGUCGAUUCUCCUGCGGACCUUCAGUCCUGUGUUUUGAUGGAAAAAACAGAGACGCCAUCGUCUCCAUCGGGUCCAAAGGAAGGAGAGACUGAAACCGAAAGCAAAACAAUCAAAUCACAAACAACCUCCAGCCCACACAAGGCAGAACCGUCAUUUAAAGUACCAGCAGGCAUCCCAAAACUCAACAAAAGUGCCAUUGUGCUCCUAAAACCUGUAUUUGUACCAGCAGGUGGGUAUUUGUGCGAGCUGUGCAAUCGCAAGUUCACCAAUGCGUCACAGCUUGUAAAACACAAACAGCUGCAUGAGGAAAAAAGGUCUUUUAUCUGUGAAAUUUGUGGAAAGCUCUUCACAAGUCACGCAGAUUUAACUGAGUGUGUCCACGAGCCUUCCUUUCCGUGCAACAUGUGCGAUCGAUCUUUCACUUCAAGUCAUUACCUCAAGCGUCACAAGCUGCUCCAUGUCAAGGAUGGCAGGAAGUGCGGCAGGUGUGGCGUGCUCUUCUGUCAACGUCAUAAUCACAUUUUAUACCUGCCACAGACCGAGUCCGAACAGGAUUCGUCCAUCAUCGAGCCUCAGGAUUUAGGCAGUAAUGUGAUGCCAGAAAACGCUCCACUGGAGAGCGCACAGCCAGACGAGACUGCUGACCUUGAUGACGAUGCUCAGAACGCCAUGACUGUAACGCCAUUGGAGACAACCGCUUCGCCUGCACCCCCUAACGCUGUAUCCAAGACCCGUAACGCCCUACCUCCAGCCUCAUACACAAGAAUCUUAUCAGAGAUCCCUAAACCAGUGUUAAUAAAACCUUCCCCUGUGAAACGCCAACCUCCGCCAGUACCCAGGUACUCAAGGAAAGAUUAUCUCGCAACCCACGUUCAGCCCCAUCUCCCUCAACAUCCCGAACUCCCACCCUCGCUGAAUAUGUUUUCCCCCCAGUACCUCACCUCUGCGUUACUUGAGGUUAAAAGAAAUUACGACUACAUUUUAAGCAAACCAAGGGUUGUUAAGAAGAAGGAGGUGGAUAUUGUGAAGGUGGAUAUUGUGAAGGAGGAACAAUGUGAGCUGCUGCUGAUUCCUCCGGAUGAGAAAAGCGUUGAGCACAUCAAACAGGAAAGAACUGCUUAUGACCUGGAGAUUGUGCUCUGAUCUAAACAGCGGGGGGGAAAUGUAUCACUACUGUGUUUUUUUGUCUGUUUUUUUUUUUUGCUUUGUUUUGAGGACAGUAGAGAGAGACAGAAAAGGCAGGGGAGAGAGAGGGGCUGACAUGCAGCAAAGGGGCCGGAUUUGAACCUGGGCCGCUGUGUUAAGGACGUGAUAUGCGCUGCCAGGACGCCCCAAAUGUGUCACUUUUAAAAGCGCAUAGUGAAAGAGUCUGGCAUUUUAUUUCACUACAGUUUUACCUUCAGUUAAUUAAUAAAGCUAUCAGGACAAUUAGUCAAACACAUUAUCAUUUGAUAGAUAGAUACUAGAGCUGAAACCUCAGCUCAUUUAUGCUUAUUGUACUGCCUUUAUGCCACACUUUUGUUGUCUGUAUUGCCUGAACGUUUUAUUUAGUGUUCAUAUGAUAUAUGUCUACUGUGAAUGUAUUGCUGUAUGCUUCAGUGCCUACUUUCUUUGUCAGUUAACUAAUCUGAUUCAGCACACUUAUAUAUUUUUAAACCUAAGUAACUGAACUCACAAUGCUGCUAUUUUUUUAGGUGUUAUUUUUAGUAACAGUAACUUGUAUUUAGGAUGCCGUUACUUCUGAAUCACUGACAAGGUGAAAUCUUUUUUCCACUGUACUGUUUGGUAAAUAACGUUGUUCUAGAUAGAUAGAUACUUUAUUUAUCCCGAGGGAAAUUCAAGUACGCAAGAGGGAUGUGGCCUGAAUUGUAAAACUGUGCACCAGGUGGCAUUGGGACUGCAGGCUAUAUUCUGUACUUUGCAGUUUGUGGGGUAAUAAUCAGUUUAGUCAGUGAGCAAAUGCUUUAAAUGAUAUCAUGAAUAUCAUUAUCUAGCAUCAUAUCUGAAAAGAAUUGUCCAUUAAUCCAGUUUUCCCAUCUACCUCAGCGACUGAGAACCACACAGAAACUGUAGUUUUAUAUUAUAGAAAUAUGUUUGCACUAAAUAUUAUGUCUUUUCCUCUCCAUGUAAACAAUCCUACUGUAGCUGUAUUUUGGGUACAUACGUAUUAUAUCUUUAAGUUGGCCUGUGUGUACUAAAAUCUGGAAGUGGCAGAAAUCAGAGUGGUGGACUAAGAAAGGAAACUACAUUUCCGAGACUUGUUUUUCCCAUAACACCAAGCGCCAUGUUAAAAGGACACUACUUCCCUCCCUGCUGCUGUUCUGUAGCGGACACUGACCCCCACGACUCUGUGAAGGGAGAAGUGAGACAUUCACAUUACUGUGUGCUUCUUUGGAUGCAGCACACUCAAACACACUGAAGCUACAGGUUUAAAAGUGGUUGUUCACAUAUUGUCAUCUUUUUGUUUCGUUUUUUAAAUCAACUUUAAAUAGAUUUCAGUCACUACAGUCAAUGGAUGAUGGUUUUAUAACAAUAAAUGUUUCCAAAAUGUU